AUGAACCUCUUCUUCCUAUUCAUUGCUUUCGCAUUUUAUGGGAUACGACACGAAGAUCCGGAAUGCAAAAUGACGACCCCAGAAAUAAUACAACACUGGGGGUAUCCUGCCGAGAUUUACACCGUUGCCACCGAAGAUGGAUACAUCCUGGAAUUGCACAGAAUUCCACAUGGAAAAAGUAAUCGGACAUCGAGAAAAUCGCGGCCGGUCGUUUUCCUGCAGCACGGACUCGAAUGCAGCAGUGCCAAUUGGGUCGCCAAUCUGCCGAAUGAAAGCGCUGGAUUCGUGUUUGCUGAUGCCGGAUUUGAUGUAUGGCUUGGAAACAUGAGAGGAAACACCUACAGCACAAAGCACGUCAAUCUGAGCACAGCUGAUAGCAACUUCUGGAAGUGGACUUGGGAUGAGAUGGCGAACUACGACCUGGAAUCGAUGAUUGAGAAGGCGUUGAAUGUAUCCGGAAAGAAGCAACUCUAUUACAUCGGCCAUUCUCAGGGCACACUAACCAUGUUCUCUAAACUAUCUAUGGACCAGGUGUUUUCGAAAAAGAUUCGGAACUUCUUCGCGCUUGCACCGAUCGGCUCUGUCGCGCACAUUAAGGGAAUGCUCAGGUUAUUGGCAGAAGUUCUCAGACCUGAGUUUUACCUAUAUUUUGAUAUAUUCGGUGCCGGGAAAUUUCUCCCCAACAACUGGAUAAUGAAGCUGAUUGCAAACAGGAUCUGUGGAGUAAUGGCGGUGAAAAAUGAGUUGUGCGACAAUAUAAUCUUCUUGAUAUCUGGCCCAGAGGGUAACCAAAUGAACAAGACACGAACUCCUGUUUACUUGUCUCAUACUCCGGCAGAUACUUCAUCCAUGAAUGUCAGGCACUGGAUACAAAUGGUGAUGAAGGGUACAGUAGCCAAGUACGAUUACGGCAAACGUGAGAACAUCAGAAAGUAUAGACAGAGUAAUCCACCUGAGUACAACUUCACUCAAAUUCAUACCCCAAUCUACCUGUAUAGCGGAGAUGAAGAUUGGUUAGCUAACCAUAAGGAUAUUUACGGCUAUUUGAUUCCAAGGAUCAAGCACAUCGUACUGCCCGGCUACACUCAUUUGGACUUCAUAUGGGGACUACGAGCAGCGAAUGAUUUGUAUGCGCCGAUUGUAGAAAUCAUUAAGGAGGCCGAGAAAAAAAGGGCAACAGAAGAAUGA